AUGAGGGUGAAAACACCAGAGAGGGAUGAGGAAAGAAAGGAAAAUGCUAAAAGGAAACAUCACAAUGUCCCAUCAGAAACAGAGCCUAAGAGACUGAAAUUAGAUAGAGAUCUCGAUGGAAAAUUAACAACCCCGCCAAUCGAAUUCUCAGAAAGUUCUGACGACAAAGAAGAAGCAGAAGAAGAGGAAGAAGACGAUGACGAAGAGGAAACAGAAGCAGAAGAAGAGGAAGAAGACGAUGACGAAGAGGAAACAGAAGAACAAGAAGAGGAAGAAGACGAUGACGAAGAGGAAACAGAAGAAGAAGAGGAUAAGAAAAUGAAAUCAGAAAAUUCAAGAGGAACAUUUCUUGGUGAAUUUCAGGGGAAAUUCAGAACCCCACGAAUCGAUUUCACAAAAAAAAGUUCUGAUGAUGACGAAGAAGAGGAGGACAAGAAAAUGAAAUCAGAAAGUUCUGAUGACGAAGAAGAAGAGGAGAAGAAAAUGAAAUCAGAAAUUUCACAAACAAAUGAAUUUCGUCGAAUCAUUUUCCCAGAAACUUCUGAAUUGGCAAAAGCACGAUUCAAGGAUGGAAUAAAUCUGAAUUAG